UACGAGUUAGAGGCGCAGCCACCGCAUGGACAUUGUGGCGAGUUGAGCGGUCGUCAGCAGGUCAAACGUGGAGCACGUCGGUCCGAGACACGCCUGAACCAAACAGUUCCCUGGUGAAGAACCACUACAAGAGAAACCAUGACUGACAGGAAGGCAGUGAUAAAGAAUGCUGACAUGUCUGAGGACAUGCAGCAAGAUGCUGUGGAUUGUGCCACGCAGGCCAUGGAGAAGUAUAACAUUGAGAAAGACAUUGCUGCAUACAUCAAAAAGGAAUUUGACAAGAAGUACAACCCCACGUGGCACUGUAUUGUUGGGCGAAACUUCGGCAGCUAUGUGACGCAUGAAACGAAGCAUUUCAUCUACUUCUACCUUGGUCAAGUGGCCAUUCUGCUCUUCAAGUCAGGCUGAGGGCCAGCCUCCACGUUUCAUCUCUCAAAUUCUGAGCUUAGGCUCUAAACCUGGACUGUGAUGCACUGAUGACAUACGUACACGCACACACUUACUCGUCAUGAAGAAAUAGCUAUAGAGGCUGUGCAUUAGUGCAUGGACCGUGUACAAUAUUUAAUUUGUAUAUGUUGCAAUACAACUAUUGCUUUUCUGUAGUUGCUCAUGUGUUAAAGCAACUUUGAUUUUUUUUUUUUUGCUGAAUUUUUUUUUUUUUCCCCCCACGUCAGUUUUUUUGCACUGAAGUUGUACAAAAUGCUUCGACUGCUGCCUUUAAGUAAUAUUAAAGAAUAAUACAUCAUA